AUGGUUGAAAUUGCAUGGAAUCGAAAUCCUACCCCGGAUGCUCGAGCUCCCAAAGUGCAAGCCAUUGCACCUCCCAUCACUCCCCAAUCACAGACUUCAUAUUCAACCUUCGAACCCUGCGCCUCGACAGCGUCCCUGUUUCUCUAUGCGCAAGGGUCCACCAUUCUCUGUCUCCAUCAUGACACGUUAGCCCUCGAACGACGCUUUGAGAAACAUAAGGAGGCCAUCGUCUUUAUUUCAGUUGAUAAUGUUAGUGAACGGGGUGCUGGCAGAUUGGUCGUGAGCUAUGAUGCCGGCCAGACGACCAUCGUCUGGGAUUUGUUUACCGGCAAUAUCAUUGCCCGCUUUGCGUCCUAUGAGCAGCUAAAAGCAGCUUCUUGGAUGCGAAAUGGCAACGUCGCAUUUGGAAAUGAAAAGGGUGAUGUGAUCCUAUUUGAACCGUCCACUUCGGAACAUGUCUCCUGUCGUACCAUCUUUGAUCCUAUCACGGUCUUGGCACCCGCUACCGAUUGCCGCACAUAUGCUAUUGGGUAUCAGAAUGGAUCCAUUCUGAUAGCAACGCUUCUUCCGACGUUCACGAUCCUCCAUACUAUGACCACCUCCCGAGGGCCGUCACCGAUUAUCUCAUUGGCAUGGCAUGCAUCCUCAUCCAAGCAAAAAUCCGAUAUGCUGGCCACCAUGUCCGCAAAUGGAGAUUUGAGAGUCUGGAGCGUAGCCAAGCCGCCGGGCAAGGAGGCUCCUCGGGUAAUUCGCGUCUUGAAAAGAUCCGACGCCUCCUCUUCGCCCGAGCCGAAGUGGAUGGCUUGGUCCAAGAAUGGAAAGAUCAUUCAGUAUCUAGAUGGUGAAACAUGGGCCUGGGAUGUCAAGACGAAGCAUAUCACAUACGAACCCAUUCCAACCAUCGACAAUCCGCAGGCCAUCGCCAACUAUGGUCCCACUGCCACUCUCUUUACCCUCGGGCCGCAUUACACCGUUCAACAAUAUGACCUUGAGAAUCCAGCCAUGGUUGCGAAUGUGCAACAUCCUCCACUAAGCUCCAUGACGGGAGCGUUGGAUCAGGUCAGAGCGAGGACUAGAUCCCCGCGUACCCUACAAGAUCCCCCGGAGAUGCGUGAGCCAGCCUCGAUGUUUGGGACAAGGCGUGCGCCUUGCGAUUCGGCUGGCAUUGAGGCAGUCAAGCAGCAGCGUGUUGAGCUGAGCAGCCCCGGCUCAUCUCGCGGCCGCGCGGCGUCCGUGAGCUCCAAGGCCUCUUCCGAUCAGUAUAGACCCGUGGCAUUCUCCCCUCCCGGCCGGUCAGCACAUACGGCCACAUCUUUCUCAGUUACCUCCGGUGGUGGACGGGAGACCCCUCAACCGUCGUUUGCAUACGCUUCCUCGGUCUCAAUGUCGUCCAUCAAAAGCUCUCGGCCCGGGUCCCGCCUACGAAACGAAGUUCAGUUUAGCCCUGCGGACAAGCCCAUCGAUUUGUUUCCUUUCACCAGGGCACGCCUGAACGAUGUGCCCUAUAGGCACCAGCGACCCCUUGACGAAGCGCGCUUGACGCCGGACGGUUUAAGGCGGCAAAUGUUGAGCAUGGUGUUUGGCUGGGACGGGGACAUUGAAGCCCUGGUCAAGGACGAGCUCUACCGCCAUCCCCCAGGUAGCCAAGGGGCCAUUCUCCUGGCCCAGUGGAUCAGUGAGUCAGACACUGAUCACAUGGUGUCCAUGAUAAACCCUGGGGCGACUUCCAUCACGGACUGGAUGCUGUUAGCAUUAAGUCAAAUGACUGGACAAUCUCCAGCAAAUAAGGUCGGGCAAGCAUUCGUCCAGAAAUUGCUCGAGAUUGGCGACAUCCACACGGCGGCCACAGUCUUGAUCGGGCUGGGGGACAAAGACGAGGCAAUAGAGGUUUACGUCUCGCAAAAUCAUUACAUGGAGGCGAUUCUAAUGACCUGUCUCGUCCUGCCCACUGACUGGCAACGCCAGUCCUAUCUUGUUCGCCGUUGGGGAGAACAUGUAGUCGCGCACUCUCAGCAACAGCUCGCCAUCCGUUGCUUCAUGUGUACCGGCGUUGAACCUUCAGAUCCAUGGGCCUCCCCCGCUGUCCAUCAAGCGAGCCUUGCGGAGAUUGUCGGUCGACGAUCGCCGAUCGCGUCGCCGGAGCCUCCUGUUGUCAAUCCUGCAAGCAUUUUGCGUCCAAACUCGCAACCAACCGCCCCGCCCACGCGGCCAUCUCUCAAAGCCCCCGCUCUCAAAUUAAUCACCUCAUUUGAUUCCCAACCCAACCAGCGAUUCCGGUACCCUGGUCUCAAAUCCGAUGACAGGACGCCCACUAACGCCCCCGGGGUCACGCCAAUUGCCGAGUCUGCUGUUGCCGGAUCUGCCGUGUCUCCGGGCGGGCUGGGCUCCUACAAGCUGAAUAACAUCCAAAGCCUGAAUAACGCGAUAAGCUCCCGAAAUGGGACCCCAGGCUUUGGCAAACACCGUCUACCGUCAAUCGGAGAAACGCCAGUGGACGUGCAUCCUCCAACAUUCGCAUUCAAGGAACCCAAGAAGUCGGUGGACUACGGCUGCUCGACAUCCGAAAACGACGACGCUAGUCAAAGCCAGAGUGCCAGUCAAGAUGAAGACCUUGGCUUGCUGCCCUCUGCAAAGUAUGACCCCGGCGAUGCGUUCAAACCUAGUCCACAAACCGCUGUAGCGGCAACCGCAGAGAAAUUCGCGAGCAUCAAGGGUCUCCCUUCACCAACGCCAGGUGUCUUUGAGGCCCUGAGAGAGCGUUCCGACAGUCGUCUCAGUACGAGAGAUCGCAAGCCUGACGGAUUGCAAAUUCAUUUGCUCUCAGGAGAGUCUUCUCAGGACGACUCCCAGGACCAGCCUGAUUCGAUGAUGGCCAACUUCAGAAGCCCUCCCUCGACCGCAAACAGCUUCAGCACGACGAAGAGCCCCAGUAUCAGUGGAAGAAGUAUUGACCAGUAUAUCAAUAGUCUUGACGAAGCAAAUUACCAUGCACGAAAAUAUCCUCGGCGUGGCAGACGAAACACGGAUGACUCGGUGAGCCUGGCUUCGACGCGCAACCAGAAAAGCAGAAACCCAUCCACGGAGACUCGGGGACGAAAUGACAAACGAUACAUCCCGCCGGCGAAACGAUCGCCCUCAUCUCCAGUCCCCAUGUCUCCCGAAGAACUCGCUCAAUACAGUUCCAAAAACGCGUCCAAAGCCCGAAGCACCAGUCGGGUCCGAAAGCCACGUUCGCGAAAUUCAUCGGAGCGCCGCAAAAACCGCUCCUCUAGCCGGCACGCGGCGGUAGCGGCAGCACCGAUAGCGGAUGCGAAUGACAACCGUGGUCGAAGUGCAGACAGACAGGGACUCAGGAACCGAUCCCCCCCAUCCCCUGUCCCCAUGUCUAACAAUGAAGAUGCUCUGAGAUUAGUUGCGAGUGAUCGAGAAAGGAGAAGUCAUGCGAGGAGUAGCAGCCGCCGUCCAUCAGGUGCGAAACGAGAGCCGUCCGCCGAGGGGCGACGAACUCGUCCUGGAUCUCGAACCCGCCAGGAGUCAGAUUCAUUUGCGGGCCCGGAACAGGAUGUAAAGGACCACCCCACUCUGGACGAACCGGCACAGAUCGAGCCUGUUGCGUUUGACAUCCCUCAAGAGAUGCAAACAAAGCCGAAUGGGGAACUGAAGGGGCUCCCUCCAGCCACGUUUUCACCCUUAGGGCUCAUAGACCAGAGAAGAAAAGAGCUCGCUGCCGCUGAGCUCGAAGCCCGAAGACUCUCGCUCGCUCGCAAUCCAUCCGCCCCCAAUAUUCCCUUCCCGGGAGAGAUCCAAUACACUCGAGGUAUCUUGGAAAGUCCACCGUUUUCUGUACAUUCAUUUACCCCACGGACUCCGGGGCGCAACAUAAUUCCCCCAAGCAAAACAUCGCCAGAGUAUCCAAGUAGCUCCGACUCCAACUCCUCACGAUCUGGCGUACCCCUAGGACUGCCGUCAACCCCUAGAGCUAUGCGUCAUCCAAAGUACAGUGGGAGUCCAGAAGCUGACCCAGUGCCGCCCCCGCCACCACCACCACCACCUCCUCCUCCAGCUCCAGCUCCAGCUUCACCUCAGCCCGAUGAUACACCCCUUCUACUUAGCGAUGCAAGGUAUCAAGUGGAUGUUGAGCGUAUCCCGCGGUCGAUGUCUGUCCCUAUGCCUGAAAUCCAACCUCCUAGUCGACCCAGCGAUCUGCCAAUGCACCCCAGAUUCAACCCAAAUCUCCCUCGGAGCCGUUCGUCAGAUAGAAGCCGCAACAUGAACCACUGUCACGAAAGCUCUCAAGAAGUAUCCGCACCAAAUGUAUAUACAUUUGGAUCGUCUCCACCUGCCGCAGUGAACAUUGAGGAGACCAUGGGGAAAGUAAUGCCACCUAUCCUUCCCGAGCUACAGCACCUUCACGCUCCUCCGCCACCACCACCUCCUGUUCCCCUAUCAACCACUUCACGAGAGUCUUCUGGCACGAUAGAUAUUGCAAUUGAUAACGAGAAUAUGGGUCGGCUGCUUCCACGUGCCAUGACAGCCGGACCGACCCUCAAUACUGAGGCACGGCCUAUGAUGAGUCGCCGCAUGUCUCUAGAGCAUCGACGUAAUCGGAGCGUCAACGAAAGCUUUACUGCUAAGAUUCGCAAUCUGACCCGCAGGAGCAGCCGGGGAGCUGAUGCCUGGGGUUCUCCAACCGACAGCCGCGUUACUUAUGAAAGCGUACCCGCGACUGACGGCCGUAUAUGA